AUGGCCUCCGAACACAACCCCUUUCGAAGGAAGUCUGCUUCCACCUCACUCUCCAUCUCGACGCCUCAGCCUGUCUCUACAUCGGCCUUUCUCGAGUCCAUUACUUCCGGCAUCUCGAGGCAGAAUGGCCCUCCGCCUCCCGAGGCUCGGCCAGCCAAGCCAAAGGUCGUGAAGAAGGUUAGGGUCCUUUCGCCGCCACCUUCGUCGCCUUCCUCCCCAGAAUCCGUACACAGCAGAGGCUUCGGACGCCAGGACGACAGCAGCGACGAAGAUUCCCACGACGAAGACGACCACUUCUCAAAGCGGUUUCCCGAGCUUCCCGGCGGCCUGCCCGAGGCUGCGCCGCUUCGCAUUGCCAAUGCGAGUAAUACACCCGAUAAUCCCUUUGGCAAGACGCUACAAGAUUUGGAAGGCUUGACGAACGGGAAGCCUUCAUCUGGCGGCUCGACCAAAGCGAUGGACGUCAACGCCUUCAAGAUGCUCUUACUCACCGGCCAGGCCGGUGCUGGAACACCACCCCCGCAGAAACCAGUGUCACAGGGAGACAAGGCGCCUAGUGCAUCCUACGCUGCACCAGAGCUGGAAACGCCGCGGACGUCACAGGAUAUCGCGGAACGCGGUGUUGACGAACAACGUUCUCUCCUGGCAUCAUCUCCUUCCAUGAAGAAGAAACCUCCGCCGCCUAGCUCAAGGCACGGCAGGAAGAUUAGCGUGCAGACUUCAGGUCAUCCGCACAUAUCCUCAGAGACUGCGUCGCCCAUCUCCCCGUCCGACGUAAACAAGCCUCUCCCGCCCGCUCCAACCAGUCACGGCGGGGAUGAAACGGAAGAUGUUUUUGCUCGUGAAGCCGCUGGCAAAGUUCCGGAGCUGGACUCCCCCACACCCAGCUCAACACCCAUCCCGACUCUCCCGGCGACAGGCAAGAGACCGACACCUGCCCCUCCACCACGGCGGGGCCACGCACGGAGCCAGUCCUUGACUGCCAAUGCUGGGGCCAACGCUCCGAGUGUGCCAAGUUACGAGGCCGACACGCCGCCUCGCUCUUCGAUGGAAUCACAGCGCUCCAGGUCAGAGAGCUUCCGAAGCAUCAACGCGCCGGCUCCGCCUCCUCCUAGGCGUCCGCAUGCAUCGCAUCGGCAAUCGUUCCAACUAGGCUCUCCAUCUACUGGUUCAUUCCACGGCGCCAGCCCAGCACCGUCUGACAUUGACACCUCUACGCAUGCUAUGGAGAAUACUCCUCCCAAAACUUCUCCGCCACCACCACCACCCGCGCGGAACACUUCCAUACGCCGUCCUCCCAGCGUCAGGAGCAUUGAGGCUCUCAGUAGGAAGAUCAGCGGGGGCAAGGAGAAUGCUCCCCCACCACCACCACCACCACCGCGCCAGAGGGGCAGUAGUCGCGGAAGCAUGGACGGAUAUGGUAUGAGGCGGACUAGCAUUGACAGUACUAGGGCCAUGGGCAGCAACGUCCCAGAAGAGCCCGCGGCGGAGGAUGAUGCAGCUGAUUCAGGCAAGGGUGCUGAUAUCCUCGCCGACCUGGUCGCUCUGCAACGAGAAGUGGACGCCCUGAGGGCAGCACAAGGCAAAUAA